UAUGCGUAAUAGGGAGUUUUUGUUUUGUCUUUUCCUUGUGCCAAAGGUUUCAACUCUAAACAUUGUAAUCCAGAGUAUAGAAGAAUGUAGUGUAGAAUAGCUCUUGAAAGAAGGAAGGGGAGAACAAACCCCACAUACUAGAACUCUUAGUCCUUCUAAAAUGCUGCCUUUUAAUUUUAGAAUCUCAGCUUAAAGAGGACCGGAGUAUUUCCCGUUAAAUACUCCCAUAAUAGUUUUCAGAGAGACAUGCUAGGCAGUAUUGUUAACUAAAGAAAAUAAGUCUAUCAGUUCCACUUAGAUAACCUUUGGUAAUAAACGAACUCCAUACACGUUGUGACCUUAGCGCCUGAACUUUCUAAUCACAUGACCGGCUUGUAAACUGACCUGUGAGUAUGACUGUCGUAGUCCCAGCUAAGAGAGAGAAAUUGGCCAAGUGUCGGAAGGGUGGUCAUCUAAGCUGGACUUGUCCUGUAAUCUCUGUUUCUUCAUGGCUGAAAAAGAACUUCUCAACAGACUCUGAGAAGCAUGAAAUGGAGACAUGGGAAGUUUCUGUUCCAGAUGAUCGGGCUGAACAACGAACCUGUCUCAUUUGUGGGGACCGUGCCACAGGCUUGCACUAUGGAAUCAUCUCCUGUGAGGGCUGCAAAGGAUUUUUUAAGCGGAGCAUUUGCAACAAGCGGGUAUAUCGGUGCAGUCGUGACAAGAACUGUGUCAUGUCUCGGAAGCAGAGGAACAGGUGCCAGUACUGCCGCCUGCUCAAGUGCCUCCAGAUGGGGAUGAACCGGAAGGCAAUCAGAGAAGAUGGCAUGCCUGGAGGCCGGAAUAAGAGCAUUGGGCCAGUCCAGAUAUCAGAGGAAGAGAUUGAAAGGAUCAUGUCUGGGCAGGAAUUUGAGGAAGAGGCCAAUCACUGGAGCAACCAUGGUGACAGCGACCACAGUUCCCCUGGGAACAGGGCUUCAGAGAGCAACCAGCCCUCACCAGGCUCCACACUAUCCUCCAGUAGGUCUGUGGAACUAAAUGGAUUCAUGGCAUUCAGGGAGCAGUACAUGGGAAUGUCUGUGCCUCCACACUAUCAAUACAUACCGCACCUUUUUAGCUAUUCUUCCCACUCACCACUUCUGCCCCCGCAAGCUCGCAGCCUGGAUCCCCAGUCAUACAGUCUGAUUCACCAGCUGGUGUCAGCCGAGGACCUGGAGCCAUUGGGCACGCCCAUGUUGAUUGAAGAUGGAUAUGCUGUGACCCAGGCAGAGCUGUUCGCCCUGCUUUGCCGCCUAGCCGAUGAGCUGCUUUUUAGGCAGAUUGCCUGGAUCAAGAAACUGCCUUUCUUCUGCGAGCUCUCAAUCAAAGAUUACACGUGCCUCCUGAGCUCUACAUGGCAGGAAUUAAUCCUGCUGUCCUCCCUCACCGUUUACAGCAAGCAGAUCUUUGGGGAGCUGGCUGAUGUCACCGCCAAGUACUCACCCUCUGAUGAAGAACUGCACAGAUUUAGUGAUGAAGGGAUGGAAGUGAUCGAGCGGCUCAUCUACCUGUAUCACAAGUUCCAUCAGCUGAAGGUCAGCAAUGAGGAGUAUGCUUGCAUGAAAGCAAUUAACUUCUUAAAUCAAGAUAUCAGGGGUCUGACCAGUGCCUCACAGCUGGAACAGUUGAACAAACGAUACUGGUACAUUUGCCAGGAUUUCACUGAAUAUAAAUACACACAUCAGCCGAACCGCUUUCCCGACCUCAUGAUGUGCUUACCUGAGAUUCGAUACAUCGCAGGAAAGAUGGUGAGUGUGCCACUGGAGCAGCUGCCCCUCCUCUUUAAGGUGGUGCUGCAUUCCUGCAAGACAAGUGUGGGCAAGGAAUGACCUGUUCCCAGCACCCUCCUCAGGCCAGCCACAGCGCCUUGGGUGGGCAGGACAGGCUCCGGAAGAAAGAGCCAGAGAGACCAAGAUGGAGGCUGCGGAGCAGUGUUUCCAGUUGCCUCCAUAGCAAGAAGAGUUUUUGUUUGUUUGUCUGUUUUUUUAACCUCAUUUUUCUAUAUAUUUAUUUCACGACAGAGUUGAAUGUAUGGCCUUCAACAUAAUGCACAUGCUUUUGUGUGAAUGCAGCCGAUGCAUUUCCUUGCAGUUUACAGAAUGUGAAGAUGUUUAAUGUUACAGUGUUGUCAUUGUUUAGAGAUAGUUCUUUUGUAUUUUGAGGGAGAGGGUGGGAUGGGGCUGAGAUGACUAUUUCCAUAAUGUUGACAAGACGACUACCUCAGUGGAAAGGGAGGGGUGUGGCCAUCCCUACUUUUUCCACAUGUUCUCAGCAGACUCAUACAUUGUCUGUCAGAGAGCAAACUGCCUUUUUCUAGCCACAGAAUUACCAGGUAAAAGAGCACAUCAUAAAGGGGCAAAGUGGCGUUAGGAGGUUUAUUAAGCAAAGUGGGUGAGACAUUGGAAACAGGACAGGCAAUGAAGAUUUAGCCAUCUCUUUGGAAAGCAUGAAAGUUGAGAGAGUGGGGCACAGUGACCAAAUCUAAGUUAGGUGUCCUCUUUCCAAACAAGUCCUCCUGGAGAAGGGUUUCUGUUCUCACACCGUGCUGUGGGCGUCCCCCACAAUCGGAACCACCACUGUCGGUUUCUGCCAGCAUCAGCUUUUCAUCCAGACAAAAUCCUGGCAAUAGGCUAAUCCUUGGGACUUGCCUACCAGCUCCUUGGGGCUCACAGCUACCUAGUUUCCUUACCUGGAUCUACCAAGGCCUACCCUCCUCCACUCCUUGCCUCUCCCUUAUAAAUUUGACUUCCUAUUGGCCCUUUGGAAAAACAACUGAACAGAAUGUCAUGCUGUGAAUCCUGGUGCCCACUACUGAUUUAUUCUCCUUUCACCUUGCUUUCUUCAAAGGGUAGUGGGACGGAGACUAGACUGCUAAAAGAAGAAACACUCCUCCUUGGGAGUUCCCUGUUCCACCCCCCACCUCACCCCUAGGACUGAAUCCAAAACCUGCAGUCUCUUUUUCAGACAGUGGGAAGAACCAUUCACCCAUCUCCUGACCAGAAUUUUUGCCCCUACAUUCUGCUCUUCGUUCUCCUUAUCUCUCCAAAAUGUGAGACUAGAUUUUCUCAGAACAGAAAGCCCAAGGCCUGGAGUGGCCCAGCUGUCCCUUAGAGUAUCAGUGGCCUGGCUGACCAAGGCGUGGAGGGCUGGAGUCCAAAGCACCUGGAAGAGAAAGGGGGCUUGAAACUACCUCAUGUUCCUAAGGGCCUGGCUGCCCCCCUGCAGACGUGGCCUGGGCCCCUCGUUCUCUCACUACCUGCCCCGCCUUGUCCCAGCUGUGUCCUUACCCUCCUGGCUUUGGCCAGUGGCCACACCGUGUCUGUCUGGGAACUCUUGCAGGUGCUUCUUCCUUCUCCGUCUUACUAAAGCAAUGGUCCCUACCUGGACCCAGGCAUCCCCCACAGCCACUGCAGCAGACAGACCGCUUAGCUGCGGCAUCCCUGGGUGGGCUAGGGGGGCCUACGGCACCUGCUUUUGCCUGUUCAGUCAAAGGCUGUUUGCCCUCUUCCCAGCUCGGCCUAGCAGACCAAUCCACUGGGCCACCACAUCGUGUGCAUACCGGAUAGUCGGUGUCCAAUUGUAAUGUUUUCUUUCUCGUGAAAUGUUACGGGUACCAGCAGAGUGAUGACUCUGUCCCUUAAUGGUGUAAAACUCAGAGCAUUACUCCUCAAUGCCAUUUCCCCAUCUGCUCGGAGAAAGAAAGGAAAGAAAGAAAGAAGAGACGUGGUCCUCAGGAAAAGCUCCAACCAGAAUGUUUUUCACGUGUCAGUGAGAAGAAUUUUGUGUGUGUGUAUCUGUUUAUUUCUAAGUUCACAAUAUUUUUGUUUCCCUGAAUUUUUUAUUUAACCAAGUAGAUCACAUUCUUUGGCUACAGGUCAGACUCCAAACUGCUUUCCUCAAGAUAGGGGAGGAGACACCUAUCAGGGACCCCUUCCCCAAGACAGCUCCUGUGUGCAGCAUCUUUCUUUGCUUAGACCUCCAUCUGUCAAAUUAUUAUUAUUUUUUGAAAUUGCUUUUCUCUUACAUUAAGCAUUUUACCGGUUGUGUUAGGUAUCAAAGGAAAUUGCUCUUUGAUGAGGCAAGAACAUGUCUCUCCAAUACUGCAGCAUUAAACAGAGCAAGUUGUUAAUUUGUGGAGUGGGGGAAAGGUUCUGCAAGUUGCCAUUGUACAAAUCCAUUUUUACAAAUGUUUGCAGCAGAUUCCACAGAACAAAGAGCCCAUUCAUUGCCAAGAGCCCUGCAGAAUUUCUGAGCCAAGUGGCCGUGUGUUUCGAGCCGGAGCCUGACCUGUGGACCGCCUUUAAUGUCUUGUGCACCCAGUCCUUUUAUGACGUGGGCUUUUUUUAAACAGGGUAGAGUGAAUGUGUUGCAUUGCAAACUCAGGUAUUAUGAGGAGAAGGUAGGAGUGUAGCUAGCAGCGUGGAGACAUUAGGUCAACCACUAGAUGUAUUUGUGAAUUUGGUUUGAAGGACACAGAGAAAGGUUGGAGGGGGAGGUUUGGUGCGUGUUUUUUUUUUUUUUUUUUGCCUUUCUUCCCAUAAUGUUUGGUUAACAGGUAGCCUUUUUGCUAGUGGAAGAAGAAAAAAGUUGUUCAUGUUGUCUCUAAGUCCCCUCUCUUCCGUCCUCUCUCUCAUCCCCUGCCACCAACAGCACUCACUCUGAGUGAGAGUUUUUCCACCAUAAAAAUAUGACCCUGAAUGAAAGCUGUGUGGAAAAGGAGAAUCCCACCUCCUUGCACUGCGUUGAAACAUUUAAGCUUUUCCCUUCUUUUGCUUUUAAAUGUUUUCUUGACCCAAGACAAAAGUUUGGAAUCUUGGAACUUCACCUACAACUCAUGCUCUCUGGCUCCUUUAUGGACUUUUGGAGUCUUUCACAAGGUUUAGUGGUCUUGCCCUUAGUUUGGAGAAAGUCCCUAGAACUUGCCUCAAAGCACUCCCCCUGGCUCAGAGGACACCCAGCCCCCAUGCCCAACCCCUCAGGUAUGGGAGCCUCCAGGGCUAGAAGGCAGCGGGCGGGAACUGCCCUGUCAAGUUCCCCAGAACCAGAGGAGAGACAGAGAGAACCUUGGGGCCUCAUGGCAUCACUGACGGUCACUCACUCCACACCGACCCGCCUCUCACUUGCCACCCCUGCUCAGGGAAGUGAGUACUGCCACGGCCAAUACGUUAUCAGGUCCUUAAAACCCUGGGCUCUCUGAGCCAGCUGCUUUGCUCUGCUACCCAUUUGCUACCUUAAUUUGUUUGUUCUUGACUUCCUGGGCAUGGGAUAGAUGGAGACAGACAGACAGACCUAGCGUGGGCAGCAUCUAAGCCGUGUCCAAGGCUGGCCAAAGUAAAGGGACCCUGGCCUCCCAGCAGGGCAGGACACUGAGCACUGGUUCCAAGUCUUUAGCUCUGGGCCCCGGGUCUGUGUCUUUUUUCCUUGUUGCUUUUUAAAUUUUUGCUACUGUUUUAAGAAAUCCAGUCUUUCACACCAGCCCUUUUAUUAAACUUUAAAUUUUUCUUUAUUGAUUUUUUAAAAGUAAAAAAAAAAACCCAAAAACAGAAAAAAAAAAAAAAAACAAAAAAACCACUAAUCUUCCUUUCCCCAACUUGAUCCACAAGAGUCCCCCGCACUCCCCCCUGCAUUUGCAGUUGAUCAUUUCUCCCUUUUUCCUCGGCUUGAAGCAUCUAUGUCCAGUGUCUGUGAAAUGAUGUUUUAUCUGUGUCUCAGGACGAGAAACAGCAAGCUUUCCACCAGGUGCUGGCAACUGGUUAGCCUUGAGGCAAGAGUUUCUAGGGCCACAGCUCAGGGAUGUGUAUUUAAUUACAGGGUCCCCGGAAACCCCUCUCUUGGCUGCCACAAGCAACAGCUUAUUUUCUGGGCUUGGGAGCCAGACCUGGACUGUUUCCUCAGAGGCAGGAGCCCCAGAGAACAUGCUGAGUCUGGGAGCAAGCUGGGGCUUCCUCUUCGGCCAGACCUGGGCUGCCUUGAGACUUGAAGACUCCUGGCUGUCCUGCACCAUGAGCCACAGUGACCCUCCUCUGCCAGCUCUUAAGAUGCUUGGUCUCCCUGCCAAUCCAGUCCCCAUCUGGCCUCCAUCUUCUGGGCCUGCAGCCCUAAAUGGGCCACAGCCGCCUCAGGAAUCAGUUGCAGGCUCAAAGGGAAGCUGUGGGUCAGGCCAGAGCUUGCUCCAAGCCCAAGAACAAAGUUGUGUUACUGGUGGAGGCUAGUCUUCCCAAUCCCAGAGCCAGCCUUGCUAGCCAAAGGAUCAUUUUUGCCCUUCGUUGACCAUUGUUUUCUUUCUCUGAAAUGUCUUAUAAUAGGUGAUAAUGUUGUUGACUCAAAUUUCCAUGAAAAAGAAAAAAAAAACUACCUCUUGAGUGACAUCCUGGUCGAUUCCUCUCUGAGGAAUCCUGUGGGAAAAGAAGACUGUAGCUCCUGCUCUGUUUACAUGUCUCUAUCGAGAAAGAAACCCCUCUGCCUUGGGGUGUUGGUGUUUUUGUCUGUGUUGCCGUCCCGGGCCUGUGAUAGGGGCUUGUGGCUGCGUUGUAAUGUCUGGGCCGUGUCUGGGGAGUCCGUCCCACAUGCCCAGCCAGGGACUAGCCACCUGCUUGAAGAGGCCUCUAUUUCUUCCUGUGAUCCAAGGCACAGGGAGUACCACCUCCCAUGACACCACCUUCAGGGGUUCUGGUGGCACAUGCAUCCAUGAGCCUACCCUUGGGCCACCUACCCUAGGCCCACCUCUACCCACAGUCCUGUGUAGGAAUCGAGUAAACGGGAUGUCUCUGAGCCCUUGUCCCCAAGGGGCCGGCCAAGGGCUGCCCGCCAGCCUGGCUCCAUCAACCCUGCAUGACCAAAUGAUAGUUGGCGGGCUCUGCAGGCUACCCAGGCCCUCUGCUACCUCCCACCCUGCCAGCUGGCAAGGGAUGGGCCCUUUUCUGUGAAUUGACUACCUGUGGAAAUGUGACCAAUUAGUGUGAAAUGCAUGUUUAGCAAAUGUUAGGUACUGUAUUUGAACCAAUAAAUGUGAAUCCUCCUGCA